GGCUUAUUCUUACGAGCAAAAUCAGCAACAGUACCUGGUACCUCCUGGAACGCAACCUACAGAUUUUACUAGUUUUCAAUACACUGCUCCAAACACCUCUCAACCAUAUUCCCAAUAUCAAGCCCAAUACUCCUAUUCAGCCGCUAACACUCAAGUGUCCGCAACGAUACCUACCUUUCCUCCGGGAGUGACACCACCACAAGCAUCUAGCUUUCAGCCAAAUCCUCCCGGAGUCACGCCAAACUCCUCGUGGUACUCCUCAACACUACCAACCUCGGUGCCGUAUCAAAAUCCUGUCUAUACAUCGUUUGACCCCAAUGCAUAUUAUCAGCAAAUCGGAAUUUAUCCAAACGCCAAUACAAUAACAGGGACCUAUUCUCAAUACCCGCCAGUAAACGCACCGGAAGCUUCCGCUUUCACGCAGAAUGUUACCCAGUCAACAUACCCCGUUGUGCCGUCACCUGAUCCCGUAGCAACGUCAAACAAUGCUAUGAAAAACACCAUCGUAGGCGAUGAAAAGUUCAAGGGUACGGUCGAAGUUCAACAAACGACUUCCGGGCUUUCGAAUUUAAAAGUUAACUCGAGCAACAACAGCGAAACCGGUACCGCCGACCAAAAACCAAAACCAUUAUACCGCCCUAUCAAAACGCUGUCAAACAUUAACAAGACUUUGCCUAAAAAUAAUCCACUGGAAAGUCCGGAAUCCGAUUAUUCGGCAAAGAAUCAAUUAUCAUCUAAUAAGCAAUCUGAGUUAGUAUUUCUCCAAACCAACAGUCGAACCUUCGAGUCAAAAGAGCACUUGCUUAUAAUUAAAUCUGUCUAUUUCAUAAUCAGGAAACAAAAACCCGCAAACGCUAAAGAAUGGCCCAUAAGUCUAAAUGACGAGUCCAGUGAAACUCAAAAGAGGGAAAAGCGUGCAAAACGCUUCCAGGAACACGAGAGGGUUAAUAGACCACGUUGGGAGCCUCCUGUUAAACAACAAGAUGAUAUAGAUGUGGAGAAAACGGUUGUGGGCACUUGCACCCAACUGGAAAAGUCAUAUUUGCGUUUGACAGCUGCUCCUGAUCCCUCGACAGUCAGACCUCUGCGCAUAUUAAAACAAACACUUGAAUUUCUAAAAGCGAAGUGGGUUGAGGAUCAAAAUUACACGUAUAUUUGUGAUCAGUUUAAGUCCUUACGCCAGGAUUUGACG